CUGAUUCAGAUCAACAUGAGGAACCAGAAGUAUGAAGAGAGAAAUCCAGAGAAACUCCUGCAGUCCAACAGAGAAGUGAUUGUGAAACUUGCUGAAGUGGCUUUCAAACAGCUGAUGAAGGGCAAUAUGAUGUUCUAUGAAGAGGAUCUGAUUGAUAGCAGCAUUGACGUCACUGAUGCCUCACUGUAUUCUGGGAUUUGCACUGAGAUCUUUAAGCAGGAAUCUGUGAUUCAUCAGAGGAAAGUCUACAGCUUCAUUCAUCUGAGCGUUCAGGAGUUUCUUGCUGCUUUCUAUGUGUUUUACUACCACAUAAACAGCACAACAGAAGCAUGUUUUGAUUCACUGGAAAAUCUCCAUGAAAGAAUAGCUGAUAAGGCUGUAAUGAACAAAAAUGGACAGCUGGAUCUGUUCUUGCGGUUCCUGCUGGGUAUCUCACUGGAGUCCAAUCAGAGACUCUUAAAGGAUCUACUCACACCCAGUGAGAACAGCUCAGUGAGCAUCAGAAGAACCACAGAGAUCAUUAAAGAGAAGAUCAAAGAUGGACAUGGACUCUCCACCGAAAGAUCCAUCAAUCUGUUCCUUUGUCUGCUAGAAAUGAAAGAUCAGACUCUGUCCAGAGAGAUUCUGGAGUUUGUGAAAUCAGACAAACUCUCAGAGAAACUCUCUCCUGCUUACUGCUCAACAAUCGCCUUCAUUCUUCAGAUGUCAGAGGAGCCACUGGAAGAGCUGGACCUCAAGAAAUACAACACAUCAGAUGAGGGAAAAAGAAGACUGGUACCAGCUGUGAUCAACAGCACAAAAGCUUUACUUGCAGGCUGCAAUUUUACUGGUCAGUGUUGUGAGAGUUUGUCAUCAGCUCUACAGUCUCCAAACUGUGUCCUGAGAGAUCUGGACCUGAAUAACAAUGACUUGCAGGAUUCAGGAGUGAAGCUACUCUCUGAUGGAUUGAAAAGUCCAAAUUGUCAGCUGGAGAGACUGAGUCUGGGCAUUUGUGUUGUGGCACUGAGUUGGUAA